AUGUUUCGCUUCCUAGGCCUCUCUCAGGAUGCUUCUCCGGCCAAGCCACUGCCCAGCCGUGGCCUCGCCUCGUCCUGGUAUCGCAGCCCGGCCAUGUACGAGCUCGAGCGCCGCGCCGUCUUCUCGCAGCGCUGGCUCCUCAUGACGCACACGCUGCGCUUCACCAAGGCUGGCGACUACGAGUCCUUUACCGUCGCCGGCUUCUCCUUCUUCCUUGUGCUUGAUCGCACCGGCCGCAUCAACGGCUUCCACAACAUCUGCCGCCACCGCGCCUACCCAAUCGUCGAAAAGGCCUGCGGCAACGCCGCCGUACUCAGCUGCAAGUACCACGGCUGGUCCUACUCCUACCAGGGUGGCCUCGCCAAGGCCCCUCGCUUCGACACUGUCGAUGGCUUCGACCGCGCCCAGCACGGCCUCCUGCCUGUCCACGUCCACGUUGACCGCGCCGGCUUCGUCUGGGUCAACCUCGAGGCCGGCACGCCCUCCGUGCCCUGGUCCGACGACUUUGCUGGCGUCGACUCCACCAUGGCAGACACCUACGGCUUCUCCGGCUACCACUUCGAUCAUCGCUGGGACAUCGACCUCGACGCCAACUGGAAGGGCGUGGUCGAGAACUACAACGAGUGCUACCACUGUCCGACAUCCCACCCGCUCAUCGCCGGCGUCUCCGACCUUACAAAGUAUACCGUCGAGCCCAAAGCUGGCGCUUUUCAGCACACCAUCGUCAACAAGGCCGAGUCCGAUGGCAACUUCCGCCGCUCCAUCGUCUACCUCUACCCAUUGACCUCUAUCACAGUCACCGAUAACUUCUUCUACAUCCAGCGCAUGGUUCCCACAUCUGCCACCACCACGCGCAUAGAGAACGACGUGUUCCGCCAUGAAAAGGCCACGGACGCCGAGUUCCAGGCCAUCCUCGACUUCUACCAUCAGGUCCUCGGUGAGGACAAGACCCUCUGCGACAAUGCUCAGGCCAACAUCAACGCCGGAGUCUAUGUCAAUGGCGAGUUUCACCCGCAAAAGGAAAAGGGGCCCCUCUACUUCCAGGAUACCGUCCGGACACAGGUAAUGGCCCAUCGCGCCAAGGAGGAGAAGCAGGACGGCCGCCCGAUCUGGCCGGCCACACCCAAGAUCGCCGGCGAGAUGAAGACGGACAAGCUCGACGAAGAGGAGCGCUUCUGCGCCGGCCUCGAGGCUGCCGGCGGUUGCGCCGCCUCCAAGUCAGAGUUGGCCUGGUAG